UUGAUAAGGAAGAAGUUCAUGGUUAUAGUGGCUGCUGGUGGCUGCUGGUGGCUGCUGGUGGUUUAUUUUUUAGCAGAGUUCUGGGUAUGAGAGGUGUGAUGAGGGUGAAGUGCUCUCUUCUUAUUGGAAAUUUACUGUUCUCUUUUGAUUUUGUUGGAAAGGGGAUUUAAGCAGUUUAAUUGUUUUUUUAAUUUUAUUUGAAGUGGUUUUCAUUUUUUAGGUAUCUUUGAAUGUUUCUGGAGUAGAUAGAAAUGCAAAUAUAUUUAUUCUUAGCUCUUUAUUUGAGCAUAUAGCUUAUAAAGGUGAAAAGUCCAUGACUUCAUUAUCAAUUUGCUAAUACAAUCAAAGUAGCUCUUUUAUUUCAACCAUAUUUAAAAUCUUAGAUCCCACGUUUGGUCAAUAAUCUCAUAUAGUUUUCGUUUCUCCUUGCGCCAUCAUAGAUAACCAGCAAUAUACCUUCAAAUGCUAUUUUGGAUUCCUUUUUCCUGAUGCUAUUUUAUUCUUUCAACUCAAUUGUGCCAAUAAACUUAAGUUGCUCUAUAAUGAAUGGUCAGCAGCUAGUACCUCACUUUUUCAAGAAUAUUUGGUUCUC